CUGUGUUUCUUUUCAGGUUUGUUCAUCGCGAAAUUGCGAAAACAAAUGUUUUUGUAUUUGUUUCGACCUAUAAUGGCUACGCCUAUGCCAUUAUAACUGAAUUUUUCAGAUUAUUUUAUUUACAUGCCAUUUGAUGAAUUGUAUAUAAUCAUCACUUGAAAAAUGAAGGAAACGACGUAUAAUGUCACUUGGCUAUUGCUGAAUAUUAUUUAGAACCUGUACCGUGAGAAAAAUUAUGGAGAAAUACACCAUUGAUAUUGAUAAAGUCCUGGAUGAAUUUGAAGAAACAGAAGCUCUUAAAGUGCAUGCUGAUAAACAGCCUGAUGAAUCAGUCAUUGAACAUUGUGUUGCUACAAAUGGUUCUGUUUUAGAAGAAAGAAAUACUGAUAGCUCAUGGUGUGAAAGUAAACUUAAUUCUCAUUCAUCCCAGAUCGAUAGAGCUGUGUCUUUAGAUCACAAGUCUGACUCAGAUUUGCCAUUACAAAAUGAAGUUUAUAAAUUUCCUGGGGAGCAUUUAACAUCUAACAUUUAUUCCAAUAUAAAUUCAGAGAAAAAAAUUUUGAAUGCUAGUACUGUGUCUGGAAGCUUUUCUAAAACAGAUGUUCUGCAUGAUGAUGAUAAUGAUGCAAAUUCAAAGCAUUUAAGUUAUGACAUAUUUUAUAAGCCACAUGAAUCUAAUUCAUAUUUGAUUGAUAAAGAUCCUAAUUGUCAGUCUAAUGGUUUUUCUCCAAACUAUGUUUUGAAUGAUUGCAGUUCUGAUGAAAUAUUGUGUGUAUCUGUGCAAGAAAAAUAUUCUGAGGUAAUAUCGGAUGAAUCUCAAAAUAAAGAUGCACUUGUUGUUUCAAGUGAGAGUGUUAAUUCAGAGGAUUUUAUUUGUAAAGAGGGUUCUAUCAGGACAAAUAACUGUGAUGAAUCAAAAUCAUAUCCAGGAACAGAAACAGAUACUGAAUCUGUAGAAAAUUCAGAAAAAUUCUGCCAUCCAUAUCAGUCAAAACAACAAGAUAGUAAUCAGGAUAAUUCAAUUUUUUCUGAAAAAGACACUGAACAGCAAGAAUAUACAAAUAAUGAACUAAAUAAUGGAGAAAACUGCUCGUCUUUAGAGUCUAAAUAUGAUGAUUUUUCUUGUCCAAAACAUGUUGUAUUUUCGUUUAUCGAGGUAUCAGCUGUAGAGAAUUCUUCGAAAGAGGACAGUUCAAUAUCUGUAACUUCAGCUGAACAGAAUAUUCAACCAGUUGAUAAAUGUAGUAAUUUAGAGCAACCGAGUGAUAUAGAGGACCAUAAUGUUAAAAAAAGUGAAAGUGUUGGCCAGAAUGUUGUAAAUUUUGACAGUAUUGAUAUUCGUGAUAUUGGUGAUGCCCAUGUAAACAAUUUGAACAUUGAAAAUGCUUUUAAUGCUCAGGAUGAUGAUUCAGGUGUAAGCUCAACAGAAGAUAUUAGUGGAAACAGUCCUCCAGAAGUUGCAAAUGCUAACUCUGUUGAUUGUGUCGUCAACGAAACGUGCGAUCUGGAAGGAAAGUUUUUGAAUAUUAAAACUUCUCGUGAUGAAAAUAUUUAUGAUUUAGAUGUUUCCGAAAAAUUUCAACCCACUGAAAACUCAAUUAUUUCUACUGCAUCUGAAAUGAUUAAUAUUAAAGAGAAUCAAACUGAAACAUCUUGUAUUACUGAAAGUCCAUUUGAUGUAGGCCAAAAUCUUAACACUUGUAAUGCAUUUGCUGGUGCUAGGCCUAAACUUGAUCAUUCAAAUACUGAUGUUUCAGGGUUUUCAUGUAGAGAAACAUCAGGUGUUAAACAGGAUGAUGAAUCACUGAAUUGCAUUGAAACUCCUGGUAUUGCAUUGAAAUCUGUUAUAAAUGAAGCUAAUAUUGAUAAAGGAACCUUAAUUUCUGAACCUGAAAACUUGGUCGAUUCAUAUGUGUCUGAACAUAGUCUGCAAGCUUCAUUGAUCAUUGAAGAGAAGGAGACAUUAAAUGAAAAGACAAUUUCAGUAGAUGAAGAAGGUUUAGAUAACAGUAUUCUUGAAAAAAAAUCACUAAAUGGGGAAAUUCUUGAGAAUGCUGAAGAAAUGUUAAGCAUCAAUAAUAAAGAUGAUUUUAUGUCACCUCGUCUACAGCGUCCAACAACUCUUGAUCUUCCUUCUCUCCUAAGUGCAUCACCUGAAACUUCAGUUAAUUUAGAUCAUUUGGUUAGCAAUGAACCUCUUGUUCAAAGCGACUCUCUACCUGUAGCUUCUAUUGUGGAACCAAGCGUUUCUGAAUUUGUUCCUCGUGUGAAGCAACAACCACAAAUAGGCAUGGUUAAACCAUACUGGAUUCCUGAUGCAGAGGCUAUGAAUUGUAUGCAUUGUGGCAUGAAAUUCACUGUUAUAAAGAGGAGACAUCAUUGUCGAGGAUGUGGAAAGGUUCUCUGUUCUCGCUGUUGUAACCAAAAAGCUUACUUGUCAUAUUUGAAUAAAGAAGACAGGAUUUGUCAACCAUGUGCAGAUAUAUUAGCUUCACCUUUACACAAUGAACAGGUACCUGUUCCUUUUGAAUCUCAAAGCUCAAGUUCAUGUGGAAGUAGCCCAAAUUUUACUCCAAGCCCUCAAGCCCCUUCGAAUUUGGGGGAUAAAGGGAUUUGGAGGCCACAUCCAAAUAAUCCUGAUGAUUAUUGUUCCACUAUUCCGCCUUUGCAACAGAUACAGUCUUCUGGGCCAAGACCUCCACCAACUGUUAUGGUUCCUAUUGGUGUACUUAAGAGGGGAAACAAACCACGAAGAGAACCUAAACAAGUAAUUUUCUCUGAUGGAAUAAGGCCUGGUGGAGAUUUAACUGAUCUUACAGAGCCUGUAGAUGCUGUACCUGCGUAUCGCCGUAUAGGUAGGAAACGAGUGGACAAGAUAAUUUCUGGAGAUUCUAAACAAGCAACCUUAUCUGUAUCAGCUCAUCAAAAAAGUCGCCAAAAGAAAAUUAUUAUUUCCGAUAUGGAAGGCUCGUUACCUCCUGUAAUCCUGCAAUCUGGUUCUGAAAAUGAGGACAAAAUUGAUUGGAAUCAAAUUUUUGAUAAAAUUCAAGAUGAUCAACAGAAAGCUGUAAAAUUUGCUCUGAUGAAAAACCUGCAUUUAUAUGUGAAACUUACGAAAUUGGAUUGUUGCUUUGGGAAUGAAUGCUGGUGUUUCACUAGUAAUGGUUUAUGUACUGUUGGCCAAGAUGAAGUAAUGGUUGUAUUGCAAAGACUUCCUGAGGAAAGAAACAUACCCCGUGAUAUUUUCAAACUUUUUACGCAAAUUUAUGACAGUGCUAGCAAAGGUUCUACAUUCGAUGACUUGGGACAUAUAAUUUUUCCUGAGCAAAUACUUGGUAGCAGUGAUCACAGAGGUUUCCUUUUCGUCCGUCCAACAUUUCAGUGUCUCAGCAAACUGACUGUGCCAAAUACACCUUAUUUAGUUGCUAUUCUCAUCCAUAAAUGGGAAGUUCCUUGGGCGAAAGUUUUUCCUCUUCGUUUGAUGCUUCGUAUGGGGGCUGAAUGCAGAUAUUACCCCUGUGCUUUAGUCAGUGUACGCCAUCGUAAACCUGUAUAUUUUGAAAUUGGACAAACAAUUAUGAGUGUAUUAGCUGAUCUGCGAAACUACCAAUUCACCAUUCCUGUCAUUCCUGGUUUAGUAGUACACAUGGAAGAAAAGAAAACUUGUGUGAAUAUCCCUCGAAAUCGCUAUGAUAAAGUAAUGAAAGUGUUGAACAGUAACAAUGUAGAACAUGUUCUUGCUCUGGGAUCCAAUUUCAGUACUGAAGCUGAUUCUCAUUUAGUUUGUAUGCAAAAAGAAGAAGGAGAUUAUCAGACUCAAGCGAUUAACAUUGAAAAUACAACCAGAAGAGUUACUGGAGCUAGUUUUAUUGUCUUUAGUGGUGCAUUAAAAAGUACUUCUGGUCUUUCUGCAAAAUUCAGCAUUGUUGAAGAUGGUUUGCUGAUACAGAUCCCCCAGGAAACAAUGGUGAAUCUUCAUAUGGCACUAAGAGAUAUGAGAGAUUUAACUAUUGAGUGUGGUCCAAUCAAUGCAGCUGAUCCUGAAGAAAUUGUAAUUGUUCAGUGGACUAGAGAUGAUAAGAAAUUUAACAUGGGAGUUCACAGCCCUAUUGAUGGUAAAAGUUUUGAAGGAAUUCCAAAUUUACGUAUUCACACCUCUACUGAUUAUGCAGGCGAAAAUUUUUUAAUUCGAUGGACAGAGGUUUUCUUUCUUGAUGUCGAUGACUAUGGAAGCUCAAUUCAAAAUGAAUUGGUAGAUCCUUGUCGCUUAGCAGAAACUGUUGCUCAGUCGUGUUGCAUGGCUCUUACUCCUUACUUGGAUCAGCUAGCUGAAGCAGAUCUUCUAAAACUUGGAUUGAGAGUGACAUUGGAUUCUCAAAGAGACAGGGUUGAAUAUGACAUUGGAUCCUGUGGUAAAGCACUUCCUGCAAUGUACAUGAAUGCAUUAGAUAGCAGUCUGAUUCCAGUUAUAUUAAGACUUUCAGGUUCCACUCCAAGUGAAAAACUCUCUUUUGAGCUUAUCUUCCAUGUAUUGAUCAAAUAACAUGCAAUACAUUUUGAAUGGAUUUUGUUUGACUAUCUCCAUAUUGUACAGAAACUUUCCAUGGACAAAAAAUAAGCGUGUAAAUUCUGUACAUCUUAGUCAUUCAGUAUGAGAUAUGUUUUGAAACUGUGCGGUAUAGCAUGCAGAAAGUUUUGUAGACCUAUAUAAACAGAAUGUAAAGUUAUAUAUUUACUAAAUUUCUUCCUAUAGAAUGGUUAUGAUCAUUGGAAGAAAGUUGACCGUCAUACCUGUUUAUUAGUUGUGCAUAUGAUUAUUUUCCAACUAGUCAACACAGAGCAGUGUUUAUAGUGUACUUCUGUAGAGUUCAUGGUGUUUUUAUUCUUUUAACUGUUUUUAUAAUUUUAAAAAUGUUUAAUUUUAAGUCAGUAAAGGUCAUAGAGUACUGCAACAUUCCUUGUGUGACAUGCUUUCUUCUCUUUUACAAUUGAUGAACUUUGUCACUUUUGAACAAAUUAUCUUAAAAUUGUGAUGUUGAGUUAAAAAUUUCCAUUUUAAAACAGUUUUUUUCAUUUUGCAUUAAGUGAUAACAAAACGGUCUUUUUUUCCUAUCCCCUUCCCAAUGCUGUAUUUUUCAUUCAAUUGAAAUAAUAAUUUAAUCGCAUUAGUCAGAAUAAUAUCAAAUACAGUCUGUCAAGAAAGUAUUGGGACACCCCACAAGUUCACAGAUUUUUAUCAUAAUAUUUCACUUAAGUAUGCGAAUAAAACCAAAACAAAGAAAUAAAUAUUAUUUUGAUAUAUACAAAUCAUAAUAAUUCAAAGAAAACUCUCAUAUUAAUGCAUUAUGGUUAUAAUUGAAAAUAAAUGAAAUCAAAUUAAUAAACGUGCUCAAAAAGUAUUGGGAAACUUCCCAAUCAAUAAAGAAAAACAAUGCAAACUUAAAAUUAAUAUCUUGAUGGGCCGCCUUUACUUUUUAUGACCUUUCAUAAUGUAUUUGGCAUGGGUUGGACCAAUUUUUUACAAAAUGAUCCAUCGAUUUUGGCCCUCACUUCGACCAAAUGUUUUCUUAACUCCUGCUUCUUAGAAAUUUGGUGUUCCUAUAUUUUUUGCUGCAAAUAAUCGUACACAUGCUCAAUAGGAUUAAAGUCUGGACUUUGUGCAGGAGUCUUAAUAACACUAGGGCAGUGGUAGAGGACCCAUUACUUUCAAAUAUCAGUGAUGGGUCCUCUAUGAUUCGAGUCAUUAUCUUGGUACAAUUAAUAAGUCUUGAAAUUCCCAGUUUGCUUUGAAUUUCGCUUGAGAAUGUAAAUAUAGACAUGUUUAUUCAUUGUACAACCAAUAAAAUGUAAGUUCCCGACACCAGUGUUUGCCAUGCAAUUACAGACAAAUUUAAUUGCCAUCUCCAUAUUUGACAGCAGGCUGAAAUGUUUUGACCUGUAUUCAUAUAUUUGAUCUCCACCAAACUUUUUGCUUGCCAUCCUAUCCGAAAAUGUUAUAUUUGCUUACUUGAACGAAAAUUACAUUUUCCAAAAUUCUUUUGGUUGCUUUACAUACAUUUUAGCAAAUGCCUGCUUAGCUUGUCAAUUUGCUUUUGCUGAUGUGGGGCUUUCUUUGAGGUACUCUGCCCUGAUAUUUAUAUUUUCUUGAGCAUUUCUGACAGUUUUAGGACUUACAGAUUUUCCGAAUAUAACUUUUACAUUGCAGACAGAGUCAAUUUUUCUGCACUAAUUUUUGGGGUUAAAGUGAACUUGUUUCAUAAUCCGCUUCUCUUCCCGUUCAUUAAAUGUCCUUGGACGCUCUGAUUUUUGCUUGUUUUGAACAAUAUUUGUUUUCUUGAACUUGUGAAUAACAUUAAUAACAGUAGACUUAAUCAAUUUCAAGAUAUGUCCUAUACAGCGAACUGAUUUUCCAUUUUUUUUUUUUUUUUUUUUUUUCCCAAUGAUUUAUUGCAAGAUUUUGCACAUCAACCGAUAUAUCUUCGUUUCUCACCAUUUUUUCUAUAACUAAUCUUAUUUAUUGAAAAUUUUAUGUUUAAAAUUAUAGUCUAAAAAUGUGGUAGUAAAUUCAAUUCUAUUGAUGUGUUAUAUAUUUAUUGAAUUUCUCAUUUCAAAAGUGUCUCAAUACUUUUUUGACUCCUACUUGCUUUGAAUUAUCUUUAAAAAGCUAGAUCAAAUUAUAAUUCUGAAAUACCAAUAAAAUUUUCCUUACUAUCUGUACACUAAGUGUUAAAAUAUUUCUUGAUUCAUUUUGUUUUUUAUUUUAAUGUGACAAAUAGUUUUAUGAAUAGCUUUGUAGUUAUUCAAGCCAAGUGUCCCAAUACUUUUUUGAGUGACUGUAUAUAAAAACUGUUAUAAGAAAACUGCUAACAUAUUAUUUUAAACUGUGUUUUUCAGAGUGUCUAGUGAUAUUAAAUUAUUUCUGUGUUCUAGACCAGAAAAACUGUGUUUUUCUGGUCUAGAGAUAUUAAAUAAUGAUGUUUCAGAGUUCAGAGAGAGUGAUGGUGUUUUUCAGAGUGUCUAGUGAUAUUAAAUUGUUUCUGUGUUCUAGACCAGAAAAACUGUGUUUUUCUGGUCUAGAGAUAUUAAAUAAUGAUUAUGUUAAUACUUAGAAUUUUUAUCUAUACUUUAGUCUUAAAAUAUUAUUUAAAAAUUACUGAUUUGAUAUUGUUGAAACAUUUUAUGCUUGAAAUCAGCUUUUGGUUUUCGAUGCACAUUUGUAUGUUUAGUUUUUAUUUAUUUAAUAAACAGGUUUUCUUGUAUAAAACUGUAUCUUAAUGUAUAUGUUGUUAAUAGGAAAAGGAGAGAAAUGAAAAUGUUAUUUACCUCAAACAUUUUCUAAGCAUGUCUUACAAAUAAAA